CAAACGUUCCAUAUGUAGGGUUUUUCUCUCGUCUCGAUUCUCACCGAGGCCCCUUCUCCCCCAGCCAUCGCGACGGCGGCCACCAUGAGAGCCAUUCUCUCCGUCUCCAAGCUCGCCCGCCGGCUUUCCAUCUCCCUGGCCGCCGUCAGGGCCCCACCGCCACUCCUCCUCCGCCACCUUCAUGCCGACUCCGCUCCUCCUCCUCCUCCUCAAGCGCCGCCCCCCUUCACCUCCCGCAUCCUCCAAACCGAAGAAAACCCGAGCCUGAGCACUGAUCUGCAGCAGGAUCAGCCGGCCCCCGACCCCGUCCUCGACGAGUUCCUCGCCCGCUUGGUCACCGCGCUCCGUCCGACACUUGCCGCCGCCUUCCCCACCCACGCCCGCCCCGUGCUCGACGAAAUGCUCCGCCUAAUUGCGGAGGCUGUCCUCUGCCGCCUCGAGGGCGCCGAUCCGGGAGCCGACACCGUCGAUCUCAGCGAAGACCUCUGGGCGACGGUGUGGGAAGUUAGCGCCUCUGUGCGCGAUGCCAUGCGGCGUGACCAGGUCCGUGCCGACCUCCGGAACUACCUUCACUCCGACGAUGUCAAGGAGAUGACUCGGUUCGCUGCUGACGUUGGUAUCCGCGGCUCCAUGCUCCGGGAGUUGCGCUUCAAGUGGGCCCGUGAGAAGCUCGAGGAGGUCGAGUUCUAUCGCGGCCUCGAUGCCAUGCGCAGCCAGGCUGAUGCGGCUGCUGGCCCUGCCGCACUCCCACCCCCUAGGCUAACUACAUUGCCACAGAGGAAAGGGGAGGUUAAAUUCAAGAUCGGCGGGCUGGACAUGUCAGACCCAAAGUGGGCUGAGGUGGCGGAGCGGGCGGCUGAGGCUGAGGCGCACUUUGUACCAGAGGAGGCCAAGGCUGUAGAUGGGAAGGCGAAGAAAGCUGAGGAACAGCUGCUUGCGGUUGAACCGAGGAAAGGAGACCCGGCUCCUGCCAUGGAGGAGUGGAAGGAGGAGCUCCGACCAAAGCGUGCCGACUGGAUGGCGCUGCUUGAGCGGGUUAAGGCCCGCAAUGUUGAGUUGUACCUUAAGGUUGCUGAAAUUCUUUUGGCUGAAGAAACCUUUGAUGUAACCAUCCGGGAUUACUCCAAGUUGAUUGAUCUUCACUCUAAAGCAAAUCAUGUAGAAGAUGCAGAAAGGAUUCUUGGUAAAAUGAGAGAGAAGGGUAUUGCACCUGAUAUUAUCACGUCCAUCACAUUAGUCCACAUGUAUAGCAAGGCUGGUAAUCUUGAACAAGCCAAGGAAUCUUUUGCAUUUAUCCAGAAGGAGGGUCUCCAACCAGAUAUGAAACUCUUUACUUCAAUGAUUAAUGCUUAUAUUAAUGCUGGAGAGCCAAAACAAGCAGAGGAUUUGGUAAAACAAAUGGAGAACCUUUCUAUCAAACCUACCAGGGAAAUAUACAUGGAUGUGAUGCGGGCAUAUGCUGACCGUGGCUUAGUGGAUGGAGCCGACAGAAUGAGAAACACAAUGACGUUCGCUGGAGUUGAACCCACGUUGGAGUGCUUCACAUUGCUUGUAGAAGCAUAUGGGCGGAUUGGCGAUCCUGAUCAUGCAUAUGCCCUGUUUGAAGUUAUGAGGUCGAAUGGACACAAACCAGAUGACCGUUGCCUUGCUGGUAUGAUAUCUGGACACAUGAGGAAGAACCAACUGGAUCAGGCUUUGAAGUUGCUGUUGAGUUUAGAGAAGGAGGGGCUGAAACCUGGUGUCAAGACUAAUCUCGUCUUGCUGGACUGGCUGUCCACAUUGCAUCUAGUGCAAGAGGCUGAACAACUUGUACAGAAGAUAAGAAAGGCAGGAGAAGAACCUAUAGAGAUCCAUGUUUACCUUGCUGAUAUGUAUGCAAAAUCACGUCAGGAAGAGAAAGCCCGCAAAUCCCUCAAGAUCUUGGAAGAGAAGAAGAGACUAUUGAAGGCUGAGCACUUUGAGAGGGUUAUAAGUGGCCUUCUCGAAGGGGGUUUCUCCGAAGAGGCAAACAAAUAUUUCAAAAUGAUGAAAUCUCGUGGCUUUGUUCCAUCAGAAACAAUUGAGGUUGGGGUCAAGGCCCGCUUUGGGGUCAGGGGUGUGGUUCGCCCCACUGGUAAGUAUAGGGGCUAGGGCUUGAACGCUGGUGUGAUGAUCUAGACGUAGCACCGAUAACGGCACAGACAAUUCUGCCUAACUGAUGUGAUGAAAGAUCCCUGUUGGAUGAAUUUUGUUUUGUUACCAAAUGUCUUCGAGCUUGAAGAUGCUUCUAUAGACCAUAGCUCGGACCAAGUUGAUAGAAGUGACGUUCAUGAGUGUGUGUACCCGGAUGUUAAAGUGCAGUGAUUUUUAUUUUUACUUUGCUCUCAUAAAUCGGGAUGUGCACGUGUAUUUUGAUAUAAGUUUUGUCAUUGUAACACUUGGAUGCCCAGAUGGUUCCCUGGAAUCAGGUUUCAUCUGUCUGCAAAAAUAUUUUCAGACAUUGAUAGUCA